AUGACAGACAAGCAGGAUACGGAGGCCAAGACGGCCAGCAAGCUCCUCAAAAGGGGAUCAGCUGUUGUCUGUUCACACGAUGGAGCGGCGGUUGCGAACCUUCAAGUUUGGUGCACGUCGGCUCCGGCAGUCAAGAGCGAUCCUGACAUGAUGUUUGCCUUAUGUAGCGUUGAGCCUGGGUCCACUGAAGCCAAGUUCAUACUGAAGCAGAAAGAACCACCAAGCAAUCAGUGCUUCGAGGCUCCUGUUGGUCAAGUAUUCAACGCAAACACCAACUUGGACCCCAUGGCAUAUAACGAUAUCGGAACAAUACCUCAUCAGAACAUCCCGUGCGUCUUGGAUUUUCUCCGGGUUCGCUAUAUGAACAAGGCGAUGUAUACCGCAGUCGAGCCGAUGAUGGUGGCAGUUAAUCCCUUUCAGGAUCUGCAUAAUGGGACUCCUGAGGUAAUUGCCAAGUAUCGCGAUGCGCAUGACUCUGACAAAAUGCCGCCUCACAUUUUCCAGCUCUCACGGCGGGCAGUGGAUAACCUUCAUGGAGUUAGGAAGAGCCAAACUAUUGUAGUGUCUGGAGAAUCUGGGGCUGGAAAGACGGAGACUACAAAGCAGCUUAUGAAAUACUUUGCGAGUGCAAGAUCUGGAAAUCUUGAUACUCGUAUCCAGCAGGCUAUCAUGGCGGCAAACCCUGUGCUGGAGGCCUUUGGCAAUGCUAAAACCGUUCGUAAUAACAACAGCAGUCGAUUCGGGCGCUUCAUGCAGUUAGACGUAGCCAAAGAAGGUGGCAUCCGCCACGGCUCAGUCCUGGCUUUCCUUUUGGAAAAGAGCCGUAUCCUUACCCAAGACCGAAACGAACGCUCGUAUCACAUCUUUUACCAAAUGCUGAAAGCAAGCACCCCGCAAAUGAAGGAGCGCUACAAGCUGCUAGAUUGCAGCAAGUACCAGUUUCUUAAUCCGUAUUGCUGCGAUGCUCCUGGCGUUGAUGACAUCAGUGAAUUCGAAGCAGUAGUGAAGGCAUUUGAAUUUAUGGGCCUCAAGGAGGAGCAACGGCACACAAUUUGGUCAUUGGUUUCCGGCGUGUUGCUUCUCGGGAACGUGAAAACCGUAGGAAAGAAAGAAGGCGGAAUCGACAACGCAGCUGGUAUAUCUGGAGAAAGCGCGAAUAUAUUGAAGGACGCCUGCGAUCUACUUUUCUUGGACAGUAGUCGUAUUAUGUCAGAAUUGACAAUCAAAGUUACUUACGCUGGUAACAACAGGAUCGAGGGCCGUUGGACAGUUGAGGACUCAGACAUGCUCCGGGGCUCUCUCGCCAAAGCCAUGUACGAGAAGCUGUUUCUGUGGAUAAUCCAAGCUCUCAACUCAAACAUCGAGCCCAAAGGGGGAUUCCAGACUUUUAUGGGGCUCCUCGACAUCUUCGGCUUUGAGGUUUUCCAGAACAACUCCUUAGAACAACUAUUUAUCAACAUAACAAAUGAAAUGCUUCAGAACACGUUUACCGACGUGGUUUUCGCCAGAGAGAGCGCGCUGUAUAAAAGCGAAGGCAUUACAUCGAAGGACAUAGAAUUCACCAACAAUAAUGACAUUAUUAGCGUGCUAAUUGACAAGGGCAACUCCGUGCUGAGUAUUUUGGAGGACCAAUGUCUGGCACCAGGUGGCAGCGACGAAAAGCUCGUUAGCGCCUGUUCAACAAAGCUCAAGGCAAACGCAAAGUUUGUGCCGGCGAAACUGGACGCACAAAGCGCUUUCAAUAUCAACCACACUAUCGGGUGUAUCAAGUACAACGCACAAGGAUUCAUUUUCAAGAACAAAGAUGUCUUACGGCCUGAGAUGGUUGAAGUUGUACAGGGUUCAGGGAAUCCGGUAGUACGAGCUCUGUUCGAAGGGGUAAAAGUGGAGAAAGGAAAGAUGGCAAAGGGAUCGCUUAUCGGCUCUCAGUUCUUAGCUCAGCUUAACAAACUGAUGACUCUUAUUGGCUCAACCGAGGCACAUUUUAUCAGGUGUGUUAAACCCAAUGAGGAGAAAAAACCAUUGGUGUGGGUACAAAGCAAGGUUCUAAUCCAGUUGCACGCCCUCUCCAUCAUCGAGGCUCUACAACUACGUCAGCUUGGUUAUUCAUACAGGCGAACAUUUGAAGAAUUUGUUCAGCAGUUCCAGUUUAUUGACUUGGCAGCUUCCCAAACGAAGGACCGAAAAGCAGCUGCUCAAGCAUUAGUCGCUUCUGCCCAGUUAGAAAGUGGCUCAUAUGCGUUUGGGAAAAGUAUGAUAUUCUUGAAGCCCGAAAGCGCUAAAUAUCUCGUCCAUUUGCAGCGCAGUCGGCUUUCCACCUGGGUUCCCCUUGUAGGAGUGAUCGAAGCUAUAUGCGUGCAAAAAAAGCUGCAGAUCAAGAAGCAAUCCUUUUCAAUAUGCUCCAGAAUUUGCGCUCAUGCACGGAGAAAGCUUGUACAGCAAGCUUAA